AUGUUGGGCAGUGGCGACACCACGGACCUGACUCCCGGGAGCAACAGCGAAGAAUACAUAAAUCAGAUAGUAAAUAUAUAUUUGGACAGAGAAAAGGAAGAUUUUAUAUCUGGUGGAUUUGAAUACCCAUUCCAGUUCCUGCUACCCGUCGAUAUACCACCAUCUUUCAAGGACACUAUCGGACUAAGAAAACACGAGCUUGUAGUACCCGGAGCAGUGUACUAUCAAUAUGAUGGAGAACAACCUUCAUGUUCAUCAGUGUCUCCUCGUAAUGGCACAUUUGCAAGCCAAGAUGAGCUAAAAGAUUUCGAGAAAUAUGAAAAGGAAGGUUUUGUAAAAAUUGACAGUGAUAAUUCAGAUGAAGAAGAUGAGGUAGAUUUCGAUAUAAACGAUAAAUUAAAAUUUGAAAAACUCGAUAUCAAUGAAUUCGAAGAUAGCAGGCAAGAAAAAAAUAAUGACAAGGACAGCCACAAUAAAGAAGCACAAUCCAGAUGA